AAAAAAAAAAAAAAAAAAAAAGGUCGUUGGGUGCUAGCAUUGCCCUUUCUAUAAUUUCCCGCACACCAAACAGCUCUUUGACAACCCAGCUCAGCAAAAACUCAAGUGGGCAACUGCGCAUCACCAUGUCAGAUCCAAUCACUCAAAUGGACGGCCCAGAUCUUUUGCUUACAUCCAGCUAGACUCCCUAUAAAACUCUUCACGCCUCUUUUCAUCUAUACCUACAUAUCUUUUAAACGCUGCUGCAGUUGCAGCAGGGAAGCGAGGGGCAAAAGCAAGGUAGAACUGAAGCCAGAUAUUUGGCUUAUUUAUAAAAUUCACCCUUUAUAUUUCUUAACAUUUCAUUUUAGUACAAAAUGCUUUUAAGGAGCGCAUCAACUCCAAUACUGAACUCAUGGAUCCCACACUCGAAGGAACCAUCGCCGGAGCCCGAGUUUUCGCACCGGAUUUCUCGGACCCGAACCGUUUCGUUCACAGCUUCAUGUUCUAGCUCCGUUUCUGUGGGGUCGAGUGACGAUUCGAGUCGGAGAAUGACGAGGGCUUUGUCGGAGACGGAUCUAAGGGACCUGGUGGUUCCCAAGAUGAAAACUGUUAAGAAGAAUAACGGAAUCUUGAAUGGGAUCUGUGUUGAGGAAGAAGACGAGGUGGUGAAAGAAGAAGCUGGACUUGAGUGGUGGAAAACGGGGUCUUUUGUAGUGGAGGAAGGCUAUGGGAUGGGCGGUGGUGGAGGAAAGAUCUGCGGUGGGGGUGGUGGAUCCGACGGUGGAGAUAACGAAUGGGGCUUUUGGGAUUCGAAUAACGGAAGUGAUGGUACCGAUUUGUAUUAUCAGAAAAUGAUCGAGGCUAAUCCUGGAAAUUCCCUUCUUCUCAGCAAUUAUGCUAAAUUCUUAAAAGAGGUUCGUGGGGAUUUCGUUAAAGCCGAGGAAUAUUGUGGGAGAGCAAUCUUGGCAAAUCCAAAUGAUGGGAAUGUUCUGUCUAUGUACGCUGAUUUAAUCUGGCAAACUCACAAAGAUGGUCAGAGAGCUGAAACUUUCUUCGAUCAAGCUGUUAAAGCUUCUCCUGACGACUGUUAUGUGCUAGCAUCAUAUGCACGAUUUCUUUGGGAUGCUGAAGAAGAAGAAGAAGAAGAGGAAAAAGUUGGGGAAAUUUUGAGUAAAGGAUCAGAGCAAAGCUUCUUCCGUGGAGCUCCUCCAAAUCUUCCUCCUUUGGCUGCUACUUCUUAAGAAUCUUGUUAUUGAUGAUGUUGUAAUAAGCAUUUUUUGUGCUGUUCAUAUCACUAAGCGUGAAGGCCAUUGGAGGAAUUGAUUUCUAGUUGUUUAUCUUAUCAAGAUUGCUUAGUUCCUGUACCACCGAAACUAAUUCCUAAUUGGUCAAGAUUAGAAGACAAAAUCCACUGCUUUUAUCCCAAUGUUUUUGGGAGUUUUGUUAUUAUUUGUUGCUUUUGGGUGGUAAUGAAGUUUUAGGAGGAGAGAAUAUUCAAUUCUUUUUACAUAAUCUUUUUUACUUCAUUAAUCAAGAUAGUGGUUCAAUCCAACUUUUGAGUUCUUUCUUUUCUUUACAAAAGAAAAGGAGGGCAACGGGUUGAUCCGAAAGAAAUCAAAUUACGUACAUAUGGUACAGGGUUAUAGAUUAAGAGUAGAGAAGAUAAACAUCAAGCUGUUUAUAGAGUUUGCCAAGCAACCUUGUUGCUAAUAAAAU